UGAGCCAAAUUCCAUAAAAGCCCUUCGACUCCAUUUCUUGUCUCUCUUCGCCGCCUCCUUCUUCUCGCUCUCUUUCUCUCUCGUUCUCCGCCUUGGAUCCAGUGUGAGGCUGUGAGAACAAGAGAGGACGCAUCGAUCUCGCACUGUUGGUUUAUUAGCAAAUCAUGGCAGAUCAAGUACAUCACCCGUCUGUCAUUCAAAAGGUUGCGGGUCAGUACCAGAUUAGCUCUGGCUUUUCCCGAGAUUUGAAGGCUUGCCAAAGCUUUUAUGCCCCUUCACUGUAUGCAAGGCGCUUCACAACCGGGAAUUAUGUUAAUGGGGCACUGCAGAAUCCUUUGAUGCAGCCGUACAAGGCAACCUGUGACCUUUCAAUGGUGCCGUCGGUCUCACCUGUCUUUGCUCAUGCACCUGCAGAGAAAGGUUUUGCUAGCUUUGCCAUAGACUUUCUCAUGGGUGGUGUGUCUGCUGCUGUUUCGAAGACAGCGGCAGCUCCUAUUGAACGUGUGAAGCUUCUUAUCCAGAAUCAGGAUGAAAUGAUCAAGGCCGGUCGUCUUUCUGAGCCUUACAAGGGAAUCUCGGAUUGCUUUGCUCGCACGAUCAAGGAUGAAGGUUUUGCUUCAUUGUGGAGGGGAAAUACUGCAAAUGUGAUUCGUUAUUUCCCAACUCAGGCAUUGAACUUUGCAUUCAAAGAUUACUUCAAGAGGCUGUUCAACUUCAAGAAAGACAAGGAUGGGUACUGGAAAUGGUUUGCUGGCAACCUGGCAUCCGGUGGAGCAGCUGGUGCUUCUUCCCUGUUAUUCGUUUACUCCCUCGACUAUGCUCGUACCCGUCUGGCCAAUGAUUCCAAAGCCGCAAAGAAGGGCGGGGAGAGGCAAUUCAAUGGCCUCAUUGAUGUCUACCGGAAAACUCUGAAAUCUGAUGGCAUUGCUGGUCUGUACCGUGGUUUCAACAUUUCAUGUGUUGGAAUAAUUGUUUAUCGUGGUCUCUACUUCGGAAUGUAUGAUUCUCUGAAGCCAGUGCUUCUGACCGGAAGCCUGCAGGAUAGUUUCUUCGCAAGCUUUGCCCUUGGCUGGCUGAUCACAAACGGAGCAGGAUUGGCGUCAUAUCCUAUUGACACCGUUCGCAGAAGAAUGAUGAUGACCUCUGGUGAAGCAGUGAAAUACAAGAGCUCUUUUGAUGCAUUCUCUCAAAUCUUGAAGAACGAGGGAGCGAAGUCUUUGUUCAAGGGUGCUGGAGCGAACAUUCUCCGUGCCAUUGCCGGUGCUGGUGUGCUUGCCGGUUACGACAAACUACAGCUGAUCGUCUUCGGCAAGAAGUACGGAUCUGGCGGCGCCUAAGUUUCAGGCUGACCUGACCAUUCCAAUAGAUGGCGAUGAAAACCAAAUACCCGAAUUUUAUAUUCAAAAUCGUGUGCUCGUUUAUUUAGCUAAAUUUUUUAACACCCAAUAAUUUUUUGCCUACUGAGGAAGGGUUCCUCAAAAUUUUUGGAGUUAAUGUUUCUCCGAAACCUCUAUUUUUCAUUUUCAUAGUCUGUCAGCUACUUUGGGCAUUCCAUCCUUUUGUGUUAAAAGAGUUAGGCAAUGUGUUUUGUUCUCAGCAUACUUUUGAGGCAACAAUAAUUAGACUGCUAAAAUUCAGUAGUCUUUGAUUUGCAAGAGCUAAUUCAUCUUUGCUGC